GAGAGUGUGAUUAUAGUUCGAAAUUAAUUGGCCAUAUACGAGUAUCCAGGCGGCAAAUAUAUGUGAUAUUUAUGAAGAGAUAGACAAAGCAUAUCUUAGGAAAAAGAAUAACAUUUACACAAUAGUAAUACUAUGAGUAGUACAUUACUCUAUGCACUACAAAUACAAGGUGACGACGUGUUAUAAAUCACAAUGUAUUUUCAGCAUCAGCAAAAUUAGGAUCGUACUUAUUAGUUGUGAUUGUGGUUUGAUUUGCUCCGGAAGUUAGUCUUAUAUUAUUUAAAUGGCAAUUCAUGGAUCAUUUUCAAUUAAACCGUUUGUGUCCAGUACGAGGAUAAUAUUUGGACUUCUACCAGGACUGGGAUCAUUGAUACUACUCCGUAUGGUGAUUCAUCUUUACAGACCAGACAUCGAAGAUGCUGUAAAUCGUGUCAGAGAUCAUCCAUUUGAUGAAUUAUAUGAAAAUUACGAUUUCAUAAUAGUUGGCGCUGGUUCAGCGGGAUCAGUGGUGGCUAGUCGGUUGUCGGAAAAUCCGGAAUGGAAUAUUCUUUUACUUGAAGCGGGGCAAGAUGAAAACGUGCUGUCCGAUGUGCCUAUUAUGUUCCCAACAUUACAAACAUCGUCAAUAGAUUGGCAGUUUGUUACAGAACCAAGCAAAUAUUACUGCUUAAGUAUGGUAGAUAGCAGAUGCAAGUGGCCACGAGGAAAAGUUUUAGGCGGAUCAAGUGCUUUAAAUGCAAUGCUGUACAUACGAGGAAAUAAAAAAGAUUACGACAAUUGGGAAAGAUUAGGUAAUGAAGGUUGGGCUUACGAAGAUAUUAUAAAAUAUUUUUUAAAAGCUGAAGAUAUGCGAAUUCCCGAGUAUAGAUCCGAUCCAUACCAUUCAACAGGAGGUCCUUUAUCUGUUGAAUAUUUCAAAUUUGAACAACCCAUAACAAAUAAAAUUAUACAAGCUGGAGUGGAACUUGGUUACAGGGUUAUUGACGUAAAUGGUGAAUACCAGACUGGAUUUACGAAAUCCCAUGCCACUGUUGAUGACGGACUACGGUGUAGUACGGCAAAAGGUUAUCUUCGUCCUGCAUCCAAAAGACGUAAUUUUCACGUAAGCGUACACUCAUUAGUGGAAAAAGUUUUAAUAGACAAAUACAAAAAGGUCUACGGGGUGAAAUUCACAAAAAAUGGGAAAUCAAAGAUAAUAAAAUGUAAUAAAGAAGUUAUUUUAUCUGCAGGGGCAAUCCAAUCACCGCAACUUCUAAUGCUAUCCGGUGUUGGUGAUAGUGAACAUUUAAAGGAACUUGGUAUAUUUCCUGUAACCCAUUUAUCUGGCGUUGGACAAAAUCUUCAAGAUCACAUAGCCAUGGGUGGGCAUUCAUUUUUGUUUGACAAUCCAUAUAACAACGGUUCAGAUUACAGUUUCAAUUUAAACAAUAUUAUGUCUAUUCCCAGUCUUAUAGAUUUUGCAUUAUAUAAGAAAGGCCCACUAUACAGUAUGAUGGAAGCUGAAGCAAUGGGGUUUGUAAACACAAAAUAUCAAGACCCUAGAGAAGAUUAUCCUGAUAUUCAGCUUUUUAUUGCACCGACUGCUGAUAAUAUGGACGGAGGUCUAUUUGGAAAGCGCGCUAACGGUCUCUCAGACGAAACUUAUGCGGAGUUAUAUGAAGAUAUUUUAUACAAACCUUCUUUUUCUAUCGUGCCUUUACUUCUUCGCCCUAAAAGUCGAGGAUUUAUUAAACUUCGCAAUACAAACCCAUUUUCACCACCACUUAUUUAUCCAAACUACUAUUCAGAUCCGGAUGAUUUGCUCAGAAUGAUGGAGGGUGCCAAAAUUGCUCAGAGUUUGGUGAAUCAGCCUGCCCUACAAGAGUUAAAUGCCCGACCGAAUCCGAACCGCAACCCAGGUUGUGCAGAACACCCGUUGAUGUCUGAUGAACAUCUUGAGUGCCAAGCUCGGCAUCAUACAUUGACGAUAUAUCAUCCCGUGGGCACCUGCGCCAUGGGACCUGCACAUGACUACAAUGCAGUAGUUAAUCCUCGUUUACGGGUUUAUGGAGUAGAUAACUUGAGAGUAAUUGAUGGUAGCAUAAUGCCGACCAUAGUUAAUGGUAAUACUAACGCCCCUAUAAUAAUGAUCGCAGAAAAAGCAUCAGAUAUGAUUAAGGAAGAUUGGGUUGCAUCUUCAAAUUAUUUGACAACAUACGCGUAUAGAUCUUUUGGUGAUACUAAAGCAAACAAUAUGGAGUUUAGAAAUUCAGAAGAUAUUGUGAAAACGCCAGAUGUAUUUACAGAAAUAAAAAGUCUUUUUCCCCAUUUAUCCGAUAAUCACACUGAAAAUGAUAGCAAAACAAAACAAGACACAAACCAACUAGAUACAAGGAUAAAAAGUUUUGGAAAAAGGCUACAAUCUCUAUAUUUAACAAAUAUUACCAAUCCCAUGAAAACAUAUCAAACACCAAUACUUAAUAACAUACAUUUUGAUAAAAACAAGAGUAAUAGUUUUACAAGCACAUUAUUUAGGCCACAUAGAUAUAAUCAACAUUCAAUAAUAGAAUCAAGGCCUAAUCAAUCACACCUUUCAACUCAAAAUCAAAAUGUAUUUAAUCACUCAGAUAUAGAUACGUCUGCAAUACACAGGUCAAUAAUAUUUAAUAGAGAUCGUACUCCUUCUCCUCCUCCUGCUAAAGACUAUAAAAACACACUAAGCGAUACUAAAAAACAAAUAUACUACUUCAAUACAAACGAAAGAUCAUUUCAAAAUGAUGAAAACAAAGAAUGUAGACUUUGGUUACAUUAUAAUGGAGUACAAUAUGAAAUUCAAUUAUAAAUAAUAAAAAUACUCAUCAUUGCCAAGUUCAUUAAUUCCCGGUGGAUACAUACAACAAACGUUUUUAAAAUUCAAUUAGUUCGCUAAAAUCAAGUAAUUUUUUUAUAGUCAUACAUAUAUUAUUUUUUUUAAAAGAUUCUGACGGAUUGAUAACCUCCUCCUUUUUUUGAAGUCAAUUAAUAAAUAUUAUUAUUAUUUAUUUAU